UCGGUUCGUUGAUAAUAAAUAAAUUUAGUUAACUUAGUGUUUUGUGUACCUAUUGCGUGAGACUCGGCGUCUCGGCUAUUAGCUAAAUAAGCUAACACUGUGAUACGAAUUAUAUGUUACAUGUAUAAUCGAUAUGUUAUUUAUUAAGUGCUCUUAGAUAUUUGAUAUUCAAGUGAUCUAGUGGAUUUGUAUUUGUUCAGAAUUUUAUGAAUUGUUAUGAAUAUUUCAGUGUGUUGAACUAAUCGAUGGUGCCGGCAGCGCGGUUAUGAUAUAUUGAUUGUUUAUUUAUUGGGUCGCUUCAGGUCGUCAUGUUAGGCGGCUGGCUCGGCGCAGGUUAGCGGAGCAAGCAGCAGACUGAGGAGCCUUCGAGCUGUAUGUAGGAGAAGGGGCCGGCGGCCUCCAUGCUGACCGAUCGGGAGGCUGUCAGGUGGGAUGUCGACGCGUCCCGUCCCGGUGCGGGGUACGGCAAUGCUCUGGCGACGGGCGCGGGCGUCGCGUACGGUGUGGCUGCGCCGGCGGCGAACGGGCCGCAGCCGACGUUCCCUCAGCCAUCGUACGCCGACACGACAUUCGACCAAAACCAGCAACAGCUUCAGAAAGAAGUGCGGUACGCGCCGCUGCCGACCGCCGGACAAAUGGCCGCCUCAUCGACACCCGCACAUAUGCCGCUUCAGCGCGCACAUUCCAGAUCGAUGUCAUCUCUACCUCCCGAGCCUUUCAUGAUAAUGCGUUCUAAGGCGAUGAACCGUCGCGUGCUCAUCAACGUCGGCGGCGUCAAACACGAAGUGCUCUGGCGCACCCUCGAACGGCUGCCGCACACUCGGCUGGGCCGGCUGCGCGACUGUAACACGCACGAGUCCAUCACCGAACUUUGCGACGAUUAUUCCUUAAUAGACAACGAAUACUUCUUCGAUCGCCAUCCCAAGAGCUUUUCAUCGAUAUUGAACUUCUAUAGAACGGGAAAGCUCCAUUUAGUCGAUGAAAUGUGCGUUCUUGCCUUCGGAGACGACCUGGAGUACUGGGGCGUUGAUGAAUUGUACUUGGAGUCAUGCUGUCAGCACAAGUAUCAUCAGCGCAAAGAGCAUGUUCAUGAAGAAAUGCGCAAGGAGGCGGAGAGUCUGCGGCAAAGAGAGGAGGAAGAAUUUGGUGAUGGCAAGUGUGCCCAAUAUCAAAAAUGGCUCUGGGAUCUUCUAGAAAAACCUACUACAAGUAUAUCCGCAAGGGUGAUAGCUGUGAUCUCAAUUCUCUUCAUUGUCCUGUCCACCAUUGCAUUGACCCUGAACACAAUACCUCAGAUGCAAGUCUACGAUGACAAAGGAGUGGUAACAGACAAUCCUCAGCUGGCGAUGGUGGAAGCAGUCUGCAUAACUUGGUUUACGUUAGAAUACGUUUUACGAUUUAGUGCUUCGCCAGAUAAAUGGAAGUUUUUUAAAGGCGGCUUGAAUGUAAUAGAUCUUCUAGCCAUCAUGCCUUAUUUUGUAUCUUUAUUCUUAUUGGAAACGAACAAGAACGCGACCGACCAAUUCCAAGACGUGAGACGUGUAGUCCAAAUAUUUCGAAUCAUGAGGAUAUUGAGGAUUCUGAAACUCGCUCGACAUUCAACCGGGCUUCAAUCGCUCGGUUUCACGUUAAGGAACUCCUACAAGGAACUCGGCCUCCUAAUGUUGUUCCUGGCGAUGGGGGUUCUGAUAUUCUCCUCCCUGGCGUACUUCGCCGAGAAAGACGAGGUCGGUACAAAGUUCAUAUCGAUACCAGAGACAUUCUGGUGGGCGGGUAUCACAAUGACUACCGUCGGAUACGGUGACAUAUGUCCGACAACGCCGCUCGGCAAAGUGAUAGGUACAGUCUGUUGCAUUUGCGGUGUUCUGGUAAUCGCGUUGCCCAUUCCCAUUAUUGUCAACAACUUCGCUGAGUUUUACAAGAACCAGAUGCGUCGCGAGAAAGCGCUGAAGCGUCGCGAGGCGCUCGACCGCGCCAAGCGGGAAGGCAGCAUCGUCUCGUUCCAUCACGUCAACCUGAGGGACGCCUUCGCCAAGAGCAUGGAUCUCAUCGACGUCAUUGUCGAUACAGGGCACAACAUGUCGCAAGCUGACGGCAACAGCACGGAGGGCGAAUCCGCCUCUGCCUCUGGCGGCAAAAAUCCAGCCCAGAUCGGAGUAGGAUGCUACAGGAACUACGAGCAUUAUCCAACCAGAGUACAAGCUGCUCAGCAACAAAGAGAGUUGGAAAGUUUGAUGCAAGCCCAGCAGAAUCAGAUUCAGCACAAUCUUACGAAUAGCUCGAGCGAUCCUUACAGCCCCCCGUCCCAGCACAGGGCUCUUCUUCUGGACUCUUCGGCGGAUGACGACACCCUGCAGGAACAGCCCACGGAAGCCACCAGUGCAAUUGGAAUGGCUCCUUUGGCUUUGCAAGAAGUACUUAAUUCGGACGAUCCUGAUUCGAAACGCGAGGACUCGGUCAGCCGCAAACAGGAGAAGGCGGACAGCGCCCUCGCCGAAAUGCCGUCCGAGUUCGAGUGUUGUUUUUGUACGUCAAAGGAUUACAAGGAAUUCAUUGACGCGGAGAAUUUGAUGCCGACCAGCACGUCAGAUUUCCGAAAUCCAGUAUGCAUAGAGAUGAAGGCGAUACGGUUAGCUGGUGCUCAUCUCAGGGAACGGGAACGGGAACGGGAACGGGAGCGGGAGCGGGAACGUGAAAAAGAGCGGGAACGCGAACGGGAAAAAGAAAUUAUUCCAACUGUAGCUCCUCCAAGGGCCAAUGGAGAUUUGGGCAGUGUUGAUAGUUCCGAUACAUAUGCCAGUUGCGAUACACAUCCCUUUUUGUCUCAGGGUGAUUUGCUGGAGGGUGAGGUUGAUUCAAAUUUAUACGUCAAUCCACUUGAUAAGGGUGCAGCACUGGUGAAAAAGAGCGCCUCUGGUGAUUGUGGCCAGUUGAGAAGUUUAGGUGCGAGCCCCAUGGACGAAGCUUUCAAGGACUUUGCCACUGUGGAUAGCGCUAGUCGUAUUAGUUUAAAUGAAUCUAACCUGCCUAAACAUAGAAAGAAAAGAUUCCAACAAUUAAAUCGUCCCCAAACCACUCUCGCCGAAAGAGAUGCUUCCCAGGAUAGCCUCGACAGAAGGCUUGGAGGACGCAGGACGUCUUUUAUGCCAGGAAGAUCCAUAGCUUCCGUCACUAGGAUUAUUAACCAGCAUCUGUUUGGGCUUCAAAGUUCUCCUAAAGGAAAGAAUGGCAGUAAAUCUUCUCUAUCCAUCGAUUCUGCUGAUGGUGGUUCUCCGCAGCUUGAAUCUCACAGGCGAUCUAAAUCAAUACUCAAGAACAAGGCGGAACAGGCUGCGCAUCGACAUUGCGGCGUCGGCGGACCUGGUGGGGUGGAUCCGGAAAGCGAGAGACUAUUAGCCGCAGAUACGCAUUCUUCGGCUACCAUUGUUGGUUCUUCAGAAGCAGCGGAACGUUUUUUGUCGGCAUCUCCAAAACCUCUUCCACGUCAGAGAGUUUUUUUACAGCAACGAUCUAAUCCUGGUCUCCUGGACGACAGAAGACUUAAGGAAGUAACAGGUUCAACCCUUCCUGGACAUGAUCAAUCUGAAGAAUCAAAAUUGUUAAGACGCACAUACAGCAGCGGCGCACGGGAUCGACCCGCUCCCUCAUAG